AUGGCCCAAAACAAGAUUCUCUAUUCUGCAAAGCUCGACGAGAGCAUGCGAACAUCAGCCUACUUCAAGACAAACAAGAGAACCGUCAAAUCAAACAUCAUGCUGAAGUUUGUGACAAAGGCGAUGGAUAUCAAGCUUCGAGGUGAAGCCGAUUUCACGACUACUCUUGAAGAUCCGAUCAAACUCUUGAAACGUAUUGAACGAUUCAUGAAGAAGAGUGCUGAUGCUGAAUAUGAUUUCUUGGAUUUCUGGGAAGCAAAUCAAAAGUUCUUUGCUAUGAAGCAAGGAACAACGGAAAACUUGAUGCAUUUCAAGGAACAAUUCUUGAGACAGGCUGAAGUCCUGCAAGAUCUAUAUGGCGUGGCCUGGUUCCGAGAUUUUGCAGUCAAGACGAAAGCGUAUGCUGCUAUUGCUAGCACCGAUACUGCUGCUCAAAACAAGUUCAAGGAUGAUAUCUUUGAAGCCGUUCUUGCAACAGGAUUUCUGUGCAACUGUGAUCGAACGAGAACAGCUCCUCUGAUGCUGGAUCUUCAGACGAGCUAUUGCAGAGAAGUGGAUUAUUAUCCAAAGACGGUCAGCAAAGCACAAGAUAUGUUGAAGAUUCACAUGGAAGUGAUAAAAAAUCCGGGAGUGAAUCUCUACCAAGGAAAAGACCAACCUAAUAAAGGUAAAGGUAAAGGAAAAGGAAAGGGGAAACCAAAGGAUGGAAAGAAGGCAGCAUGUUAUGUGUGUGGCAAUGAAGAUCAUAUGUCUCCAAAAUGCCCAGACAGACUGCUACCAAACAUCCAAUGGAAGAAUCAGGAUCAAUAUGUUGACUAUGGGAAGAAGCUCAAUCUUAAUCAGAUUGGAGCAGCUGUCCCAGCUACUGUUCCAGCUAUAGUUCCUGGAGCUUCAGCAUUCACAAGUGGAGCAUCAAGUGUUGCGGGAAGCGUUAACACACCUUUGCGACUUGCUGGUACUGCAGGUAAUCAAAUGAUGCAAGUUCCUUCUGGCAUGCAGCUCAUGCAGAUUCCAACUCAAGGUGGCGGCACUGUUACUGUCCCUUAUUCUAUGAAUGCUAGCGGUGAGAUUGCGUUCAGUGGAAUGCAACUCAGCCGACAAGGCUUCAGUGGUGCUCAAGUGCGCCAAGGAUUUGAUGCAACUCAAGCUCGAACUCCGCAAGCUGUGAAAACUGGAUAUUUUGAUACUUCAAAUGUCUUUCACGAUGCUAUCAAGGGAAAGGAUGAGAAUGACAAUGAUGUCUAUCUUAUUCCAUGUCCUGCUGGUACAACAAAUGUCGAACUUCAAGCCGACUGGAACUAUGCUAGUGAAGAUGAAGAUUUGCCUGAUCUUACUACUGAAGCAGAUCGAGGUCUGCAGUUUAUUCAAAGCCGCAGAAAGGAAAGAGAUCCAUUUGGGUUGUACGAUCAUGUCAUCAUGGACAGUGGUUGUACAAACACCACCAUUUGUAAUGAAGCGAUCAAUCAUGCCGAAGCAAUUUUUGGACCUGGCGCCUCUACAUUGAAAGGCAAGUCAACAAGAUCAACUCCGAAGAAGAUGUACGACGACUUCUUCAGUCCACCAGAGGAAUUGUAUCAGCACAAUCGAUCUAUUACCGUCUGUAUUGAUCACAUGGAGAUCAAGAAUGCUAAGUUUCUCACCUGCAUUGAUACCACUGUGGGUUAUCGCUCAUGUAUUCCCGUGCAGAACCUGAAGACUGACCCUGUAUUUGAAACAUUGGAUAAGAUAUUCUGCCGCUAUAACAAGGCAGGCUUUCAAGUCAAGAUCAUCAAGUGUGAUCGGGCGUUCAUUCCUCUCACGGAUGAUAUGCUAGACGAUACGGGUGUUACUAUUCACCCGACUGCAGCUGGAGACCACGAGCCUACCGCUGAGCGAAACAAUAGGACGCUGAAAGAAAGAGUCAGAGUAGCUCUUGCACGAUUACCCUACAAAGUGGUCCCAAAAGUGAUCCCUGAAUGUCUUGGACGUCGAGCCGCCGAGCUAUUGAAUGUCUUUCCCCAGAAAGACAGUAUCUCAUCACAUUUCAGUCCGCAGCAACUCAUUGAUAAUGUCAAUAUCAACUACAAGAGUGACAUGGUUGCUGAACUUGGACAAUAUGUUCAUGCAAUUGGAACAGAUUCCAGCAAUUCAAUGGAACCCCGGAGUAUCAAAGCGAUUUACAUUGAACCUACAAAGGGACAACAUACUGGGCACCAAGUGCUCAACCUCAAUACUAAGAAGAUGAUUUCCCGACCCAAGGUCGUUGUACUACCCGUAACCGAUCAAGUAAUCCAGCGUGUUGAAGCUUGGGCUGCUGCCGAAGGUGUUACUUCCAUGAAGUUUUUUGAUAAGAAGAGAGAUUUGGAGACAUUUCAAGAUGGCGAUCAAAUUGCAGGAGUGGAUGACACGGAACAAGGUUACUUAGAAGAAGCCUUUGAUCAGGACUAUGAACCUGAAGAUGAAGAUGAACGUGAUUUCAACCUACUUGGACAAUUUGAUGAUAUUGAUGACUCCAAAAGAGAAGAGCUCUUGGCAGAUGCAGACAAUGAUGUCGAUGAUAUGCCAGAACUCACUGUCAGAUUCCGUGGAGAUGUCAACUAUGAAUCAGAUGACAAUUUGGGUGAUGAAGGCGAUGAAGAGGAAGAACCUAUUGUGGCCGAUUUGGAUCACCAUCAAGAAAAUGUCCAUAGAGGAACCGAUGAUAUUGGGAGCCUCGUUACUGAUCUGGAGGACCUACAAGAGCCGCCAGAAGAAGAGAUUGUAUUUGAGCCUGAAGAAACGCCUCAAGUAGUAAAAGUCACUCGAUCUGGGCAAAGUAUGCACAAGCUGCAAUGUCCGGGCUGA